AUCAACGUGACCAUAUUUUCUUUGGUUUUCUUCGUUAUUCUUGUAUUUUCUCUGGAUUUUUUAGCUUAAUUUAAAAACUUUAGGACAUAUAAGAUACAUAGUAUACGAUAUUCCAUGUAUAUGUUCUAAAAAUUGCUUUUGGUCUUCAUUUAUCGUGUUAAAAUGCCGAAACGAGUCUUGAACGAGGACGACAAAAAACUACAUCAAGAAACUGAAAAAUCUUUAGAUUUGUUCAAAAUCAAAGACAACAAAAACAAAACAGCUGAUGAAGGACAAGUUAAUGAUGAGGAUUCAUCUGAUAGCGAGGAGAGCUACUACUCUGACCUAGAAGACGAGGAAAGCUCUUCCGAAGAUGAAAAAGAUGUCCCAGAUUCUGAUGAUGAAGAAAGUGAAGAUGAUGAUGUUGAUGAGGAUGAUGAUGAGGAAGAGGAAGAUGAGGAAGAAAGUGAAGAUGAGAAAGAGUUAGGUGAAGAAGAGACAAAGAACCAAGAAAAUAAUAACAAAACAGAUGUAGUUAAAGCAAAGAAUGCACAAAACAAAUCCAAAGUUUCCAGUAAUAUUACAGAAGAGGAUGCUGAGACUUCUGAUGAAGAGGAUGCAAGGAAUACAGUUGGUAAUAUUCCAAUUGAAUGGUACAAUGAGUAUCCUCAUAUUGGGUACAGCCUGGACGGCAAGAAGAUAUUGAAACCUGCAACAGCUGAUGAGCUUGAUGAAUUCUUGUCCAAGAUGGAUGACCYUAAUUAUUGGAGAACCGUUCGUGAUAAAACAACCAUGAAGGAAGUGGUGCUUUCUGAUGAAGACCUUGCUAUCAUAGACAGAAUACAGAAUUUACAAUUUCCUGACCAAGGAUAUGACCCUUAUGAGCCUUAUGUAGACUUCUUCACUGGAGACAAGAUGAUCCAUCCAUUAUCAAAUGCUCCUGARCCAAAAUCUAGAUUUGUACCUUCAAAAUGGGAACACAAAAGAGUAAUGAAAAUAGUGAGAGCAAUCAGAAAUGGCUGGAUCAAACCCAAGAAAACAGAAGAAGAUAAACCGAAAUAUUAUCUGUUAUGGGAUAAGGAUGAUGAUGAGACAAGGAGACAUACUGUACAUAUUCCAGCCCCAAAAAUGAAGCUUCCUGGACAUGAAGAGUCUUACAAUCCACCCCCAGAAUAUCUACCUACAGAAGAAGAGGUUGCAGAAUGGGAAGACAUGGAUCCUGAAGACAGACCACAAAAUUUCCUUCCAAAAAAAUAUUCCAGUCUUCGUCUUGUGCCUGCAUACAACAACUUUAUCCAAGAAAGAUUUGAAAGAUGUCUUGACUUGUACUUGUGUCCCAGGCAGAGGAGAAUGAGGGUUCAAGUAAACCCAGAUGAUUUAUUACCUAAGCUACCAAAACCAAAGGAUUUACAACCAUUCCCAACAACAGAAUCUAUCGUUUUCAAAGGACACAAUGGGAUGGUGAGGUGUAUCUCUGUGGACCCAACAGGACAGUGGCUGGCAUCUGGCAGUGAUGACAAGACAGUGAAAUGUUGGGAAGUUUGUACUGGAAGAUGUCUGAAGACCAUACCCAUGGAGCAUGCUGUUCAGAGUCUUGUUUGGAAUCCAAAUCCACAGUGUACUCUACUAGCAGCUGCAGUAAAUGAUCAAGCAGUCAUACUAAACCCUGGUCUUGGUGACAGACUGCUAUGUACAGCAACAGAUGAUAUGAUUGAAUCGUUUACACCUCUUGAGGAUGGUCCGGAAUCUCCUGUUGAGUGGGGRGUUGCUGGUAUAGACGAGUAUAGAAGUGGAAUAAGGCUUAUUAUCAAACACUCCAAGGCUGUUUCACAGAUUACAUGGCAUUCAAAGGGAGACUACUUUGCUACUGUUUUGUCUCAAGGUGGCAAUAAAUCUGUUUUUAUUCAUCAACUUUCUAAGAGAAGAAGUCAGUGUCCAUUCAAAAAAGCAAAAGGCCUUGUUCAGCGAGUGUCUUUCCAUCCAAACAAACCAUUCCUUUUUGUUGCUACUCAAAAAUAUAUCAGAGUUUAUAAUCUAACAAAACAAGAAUUGGCCAAGAAGCUUAUGUCCAAUGUAAAAUGGAUAUCAAGUAUGGCAGUGCAUCCAAAAGGUGAUAAUGUAAUCGUUGGUAGUUAUGACAAGCGACUCUGUUGGUUUGAUAUGGAUCUGUCCACCAAGCCAUACAAGACAUUGAGGAGCCACAAGAAGGCCUUACGCCAAGUUGCAUUCCAUCAACACUAUCCAUUAUUUGCAUCAGCCAGUGAUGACGGCACUGUUAUCGUAUGUCAUGGCAUGGUCUACAAUGACUUGAUGCAAAAUCCACUGAUUGUUCCAGUCAAGAUCCUCAGAGGUCAUAAAGUGACAUCAGACCUUGGUGUUUUGGAUUGCAUGUUUCACCCUCAUGAACCCUGGAUAUUCAGUGCUGGAGCAGACAAGUUGAUAAGACUUUAUACAUGAGCCAAACUGAGGACAAUCGAGUACAGAACGCUAUAUAUAUAUUUACUAGCAUCGACUAUAGCAUGAACUGACAAGAAAAGAACCUUUCUGAACRAUGUCUUGAUGAGCAAAAACAUGUACCUACAUCAAAAACCAAACAUGGAGAAAGCCAGUAGAAAUGAAUGUAAAAUAAAAGAUCCAAAUGGACACAAGUUUGUUUAUGGUGGAAGCUUAAACUAAAUAUUUACGUUAGUCCAUGAAGGAUUUCGCGCAAGGAGGCGAAUACAUGUACAUGGCGGAAAGGCACGCAGAGUCACAAAAAAAAUGGAAUAAAUGAAAUAUUUGAAUUUUAAAA